AUGUUUGUUUCAGAUGAUCCUCACGAAUUAGAGGAUCGCCUUGAAUACAUUAUCCACCAUGUAUUUUGUCCUCCCAAAUUACCGGAAAAGUAUGACGAUAGCAUCGAAGGAGAUCAGGAUCUCUGCGGCUCUGUUUUGCAGGCCGCAGUAGAGUUCCAGAAUCUCUAUCGCAGUGAUAAGUGGAAAUAUAUCAUUGAUAUGCUACGCCACCUCCACGAGUCUAUCAGCUUCCAGAAACUAUCCACAAAAAAGAUCAUAGCGCAGGUGGAAGGGCUGCAUUACGGAGGCUUUCUUGUAUAUUUCAUCCGGGCACAAAAUGCCGGCGUGGUCCUUCGUAGAAGUGAUCACGAUGUGACUUUCGAAAGCUUUGAAGUGUCACCGACGGCUGCCGCCGUCAUAGGUACUGCAGGGAAGCUCCUUUGCUCGUACCCAGGGACAGCCAUAUCAGUUCCGUCCAGCAUUGUCUAUGAUAUGAGGUUCCUUGCAGAGCUAGCAUCCUUUCUCUCGCAGAUGGACGAAAAUAUACUCGAUUCUGCACCCACUACAACCAAGGCUGGUUCAACCGUACGAGAGGAAAGGGAUACGACUCAUCCGCGUUAUAUCACUGAAUUCCUUACCGGUAUCCUACGUGGAAUCGGGAGGAAAGCGGAUGUGCUCCGUAUUCAAAAAAGAAUCAGAGAUGAAGUUUUAUGGAGUAAUACAAAACUGCCCUGGCGUAGAUCGCCGCUCUGGCUCGUGAUCAGAGUAGCUCUACAGACUACUCUAACACGGGAAACGGACGGCUUAGGACAGUACAAGUCGUUUAUGGUGCUCUUCAUGCAGCGGAUAUUGAUGUCAGGGCUGGAGUCUGAUUUGCAGAGCGAUGUGUUGUACUACAUGAGAGCCAAAGUCUGCCGCCGCCUCUACAAGUUGGGCUCAACUGCCCCGCCUUUCUUGCAAGACAUGGUCAAUCGGACGGCGGAGCAGGUUCAGACGCUGUUACAGAAGCGUUGGGACCUAGUGCAGGAUGCCCAGGCGAAGUCACCAGACUGGCAGCCGAAGAAGUUCAAGGUUGACGAAGACACACGCUUGUCCUUGAACAACAGCCGUCAGUAUCUCACCAAUGCUCUGUUAGAUCAAUCACCUCGAGAGCCCUCGUCUUGGGAGCCUCAGAGUCCUUCCCGAUAUCGUUCUAUUGAUGCAUAUCUGUCUGCUGGAGGAAGCUCUCUACUAGGCCAGGCAACUGGGCGCGAUGCAUACGUGGCUUUAGCUGACUUUGAGCUGGCCGUUGAGGGCGACAUAGACGAUUGGGUCGCUGAUGUCAUCCCAAGUAAUCGUUCCUCAGCCUGCAUGGCAAUCUCAGACUGCAUGGCAAGAUACUCAGAGCUCGCGCGAAAACUCUAUGCAGAAAAUCCGGAAGACUUGUCAAUCAUGAUCCUUACUCUUUUGGAGCUUUGGGUCGCACUUGAUAAAAUAGCCGUUGAUGAGCAUGAGAUGUUGGCCGAAUAUUCGCCCGAGAUUCCCAUCAGUUUAUCGGAGUCGUUGAUUUUACGCAAAGCCGGCUCAUUGGGCAGAUUACAGCUUAUCCAGGAGCAUCUGCGCAGUCGGCAUCAAAAUUGUCAUACUGGUUGGACCGUUUUCACAAAUCAAGCUAAUCGUGACACAUUUUCGAUCAGGUUCUUCGAAUCUUCCGAGAAACACAUUUUGUUGAAGGAAAAAAUAGAAAAGGAUGCAACGAAGGAGAGGAACUUGACACUUGCACAAUUGGAUCGACAGAAUACCCUACAUUCAUCCCUGUACGCCAGGGCUAUGCGUCUUCAGCACACGCAUUACAUCAAUAAUCUUGGGCGUGAAUACCACAGUAGGGCUUGCGAAAAGUGUUCACUAGAAAACCACUAUCAAAAUUUGAGGAUAGAUGUACACGAAUGGCCGCUACCCGAGGAUAUCUCGUGUGCCAAAGCGGUAGUUUUCGAGCUGGACUGCCCGGCUACUUUCGCUGCUUGGAGGUCAGCAACCUUCCACCUCCUCGUGGAUGUUUGCACGCCACCGGAGGAUCGCCCGUCUGCAGUUUCACCCCAUACAAUAUUGCCCAGUUACUUGGCACUGUCGACAUAUAUGACUCAUGACUUCUAUCAACGAAUUACGUUGGCAUCUAUCACAAAACCGUUCACGAUCGCUCACUAUCGGGAUGUUAAAAUUCCGUCGAGUAUUCGAGAAGUUUGCGUCAAUAAUGGUCUGUCUUUCAAAAUUUACGAUAAAUUGGGGCAUAAAUGGGCUGCAAAUUCAUUUUCUCAUUGCACUCGUAUAUCGCGGUUUUGUACCUUCGUUUUGCCUUCUGGACCAUAUGCGAAUCUUCAGUAUGCGGUGAAUGGGACACGUCAUACUCACAACGACAUCAUUGCUGGUCAAUCAACCUGCCAUCAAGAUCUCAAUAUCCACGAGUACAUGGCGUUUGGAGCAUUACGUAGUGGGCCACUGUUGCAGUGGCUCAACGUUCUGCGAGAACUGCGUGCUCAAACAUUUAGCUUUCGUCAAGUAGAGGUGGGGAUAUUGAUAAUGCAAACAGUUUGGCAAGUGGGUCCGUUGUCUGCUCAUAGCCGUUGGACUUGGCACGAGGAAUUGGAGAACUCAGAAUUUGGCCACGCACUGCUGGGAGAAUUGCAAAUCCUUAAGUCGAGUAUCGAAGACAAUUGGCUAGAAGGCGCUUCCAUGAGGAUUAUCACAAUCUUAGCGUGUCGCCUGCUAUCGUCAGCUCUGGACGAGGACGUGAAGCAGAAAAUAUAUUGCCUUUUACGAGAAGUUCGCUGUACCACAUUUCAAUGGGUGAAUCAAUUAUCUAUAAAACUAGAAGAAGCCGGAGAUGGUGAUACUCAAAGCAAGGAUUUCCAGUCCCGUGUUCGCGAUAUGGCAGCAACAUGUCGUGCCACCUACGAUGUCGAUCCCCAUCAUCUGCCAUUCCUCCUUUCUCGCCCGAAUGAUGUCGCCGCCUUCAUUCAAUGUGCUGUCAUUAUAUAUAAUAACCUGCCUCCAGACCUCGAUCAAUUACCUUCAUACUCGAAGAUUUUAGUAGAACGUGAAAGGCGCUUAUCACAUUCCUUAGAGAAUGAGAUUUCGCGACGAAUACAAGAAGAUAGGACCGGCUUUGAUACAGCCAUAUUAUCCAUAUGGCAUGGAUAUCGCCCGGGAAGCCCCUGGCAGAACUUAGAGUACCCAAAUGAAAACUGGUUGUCGUCUUCAACUUCAAAUGCAGAUAACCAGCAGUCUCAGUGUCUGCACUACAAUGUAUUGGAAGGUCGCCUUCUAAUUGAUGGAAAACCUUUAGGCCACCUUCCUCUCAGUUACAUUCAGCAUCCAACUUAUCGCUUAGUAUUUGGCCAAAGAGUAUCGAGCGUUAUCCCUGCGGAUAUGCCUGGCAUGGAUUUUGCAAUGCGUAGUAGCUUUUAUGGUCACCAGGUGUAUUUUGCAAUGACAGACGAUGAAGUGCUUGUGAUUCGAACGAAAACUGUCACACAGAGCUCAGCCCAAGUUUCUGAACUGAUUCCUUCUCAAAAUUUCUCUGGCGAUCUACCGGAGUUGUUGGUUGGUGGUCAUGUACAUUGGCUUAACAUCGGUACUCGUGAAAUUGAGAUUCGUCCCAGUAACAAUGCUUGGCAAAUGAUACCAAGCAACUGGCGGAUAUAUUUUUCUCUAGAUGAAAAAUCUUCAAUGCGGAGACCAUUGGGAACGAGCAUCGCAACAUUUGAAACUUUGGUUGAUGUUCGUAGCCCUACGUGCAAAGUUGUUUCAGCUCGCUUGGAAGCUCUGGAAUACCCGAAAUACCAUCUCAUUACUUCUCGGACAGUAGGACCAUUUGGUUCUGAUACAUUAUUUGCGGAAUUGCCUCGACUUGGUCUUUCGUUCUUUGUCGAUAACGAUGGCCACCUCCAAUGUCAAAAUCUUCGUGGAAUGAUAGUGGAUACGAACCAGUCUGCAGGCACUUUGAUAGGCAUUCGCAACCAAUUGUUGCUUAUACCCAGCGAUCCACAAGCUAAGCUACUUCCCCGGACGCGGUGUAUCAUCAUUCCCCACGGGAAAUUAUCUUGCGCGUCACAUGGGCACCACAUCACAGUCGACAUAAAUACAAAGCAACAUUCUCGAGUCCAAUAUCACAUAUAUAAAAUUGACACCGAGCUGGGUUGUCUUGUUGGGAACGUGAGCCUAACAAACAAGCUCUAUAAAGCCUACCUACAUGCCGUUAGCAGCCAUUGUUUACCAGAUUCCCUAACCGGACAUACGGGCACGGAGGAGGCCCUGCAUGAUCUAAGUUCAGCAAGCUUACAAUCAUUCCAGGCUCUCAGUUCAAGCGACGUAGAACUUUUGCACCAGAUUGCUUCCCUGACUCCAUCCCGUACAUAUUAUCCAGAGCACUUAAAAUGCAUGGAAAAAGUGGGGUGGUCCCUAUCUCUUGCGCCCACCGCACAGCAUCAUGGACUGCUCACAUGCGCAAACUCCAUACUCAAUUACGCGACCUGUCUUCAAAUUUUCCAUGACAACGCCCGUCAGCCCCUACGCAAACCAACGUUUAAUGCCCAUCUUCUCGAGCGUGCUGCCAUUCGCAAUGCUCUGCUAUAUCCUGAGGAAUAUGCUAGACCGCUUCCUCCCGAUAGUCGAGAUGUGGAAUACAAGGCUAGACAUACUUGUGAUCACAAAGAGGCCUCGGUAUUUCGGUUCUCUGAAAUGAUUUACCAAUGGCCUCCCAAGGUGACUACUUCAUCUCAAGUAAAAUUAAUGGAGCUGUUUCAGGGAUGGGGGAAAGAGUUGAGUGGUGCACAGAGCGAGGACGCACUGAGAAGUUUGGGUUACACUUGUGAUUGGUUUCAGCUCGAUCUUCCCAAAGUUUGGUUGUCCAUAUUCGACCUUUGCCGUAGCAGUUCAGGAAUGGACUGCCGGUACCCGCUUCUAUUUUCGCUUCCCGCUAUAGCAUACGGCUCUCUGGAAAGUCAGCACUUGAUCCCCGUACUGCUGGCAUUCGCAGUGGUUCCCCAGUUCGGUAGACUGGAUCCUCCGACGUACAUGUCGUAUAAUUUGUCAUCUGGAUUCGAGCCGCAAAAACAAAUCCUGUUGACAACUAUCCGAUCUCAUGAUAGUCCCUUCCAUUCUAGUUCUGAAGCCUAUCUGGAAGCUCGAAAAAAUGAAGACGAGCAAUCGUUACAACGGCGUCGUUAUUCUACAUAUCAAAAACAGCAAGACUUAGCUGCAAGUGGGUUGGUUGAUUACUUUUUUGAGCAAUGGCCAUGCGAAGAGUUAUCCCGCCCAACACUACGUCAAUUUUCCCUUCGAUUUGACCUUGACGAAAUCCUGGUCAAAUCCACCGAAUUGUUUCGUAGCUGGUAUCGCAAUGCACGUUUGAGGGAUCAUAUCAUGCGCGUUCAGAGUGUUUUGGAUAGUCAUCUUUUAGAUGCUGAGGUACAAGACUCUCAGCCAUACCGUUUUGCUAAACAAGCACACAAACCUCCUUCCGAAUCUGCGGUCAUUUCGUUCGCCGGGCUUUUCAGUAAUAAUGCACCAGAUUUGAACAGACCGCCGAAACCACUGCGUCAUCUCGACUCUAUGGCAAGUCUAGGCCACCUAAUAAAUACCAAAAGGCUUCGAGUGCUUCUUUCCGAGUUUAAGAGAAACAAUGAUAUCUUCCAUCGACUUUACGGAAAUAGCCUGGACGACAGUCGAAUUGCUUUAGAACAAUCCGUUUCGGAUACAUUUGCCCCGUUGAUACCGUUUUCCUUUGCAAUGCUCGAGUUCCAUCGUCAACAGUGUGGCGAUCACUACCGAAACACUCUAAACACAAUACAGAAAGCUCUAUCCCCCGCAGGUAUCUAUGAUAAGACUAUGUUCCAUGCUGGGCAGUGGCCUCGGAUUACAGCGAGGUCCCUCCUCGAAAAACUCCGCCCCGCCUCUACACCUUUACCAAUAGAAUGGAAGCGAGUUAUCAUUUCUCUUGCGAAUGCCCUCCUCCUCUUCCAGCGCUCACAGCGCCUGAUAGCCCUUGCUAUGAAUGAGAAACAUGAAGAUUUUUUCAAAGAGUUAGAAAACACAAAUGGUGAUGGAUGGGACACGAUGGAGCAUACUGAUUGGCUUUUGAUUCAGAUCGAGAGUCAUUUUCUUGUGCGUCGCGUCCAAGCUGACAUUGCACUGGAGAUGAUCUGCCCAACUUCAAGCAAAAACACAACGCUUCAGCUCCUUAUGGGUGAAGGGAAGUCUUCAGUCAUCGUUCCAAUAGUUGCUGCUACGUUGGCGGACGGGAAUAAAUUAGUAAGAGUGGUUGUACUGAAGCCAUUAGCCGUCCAAAUGUUUCAAUCACUGGUCGAGCGGCUGAGUGGACUCACAAAUCGACGCAUCUUUUAUCUGCCGUUCUCGCGCUCCGUCAAGCUCGACACAAACAAUGCAGCAAUUAUCCGUGGAAUGUACAAGGAGUGCUUGCGGGUUGGCGGUAUUUGGGUGGCACAGCCCGACCAUAUACUUUCUUACAAGCUAAUGAGUAUCGAACAGCAACUGCUUCCAGAUUCGGUACUCGCUGAUGCAUUGCUUGACUCUCAGAAGUGGCUGGACAUGCAUACCCGAGACAUACUUGACGAAAGUGACGAGAUUCUGCAUGUCCGCUAUCAGCUGUUGUAUACUGUCGGGUUUCAAAAUCACUUGGAAGGUUCUCCGGAAAGAUGGACGACAAUGCAGCAAUUAUUCUGGCUUGUGAAAAAGAACGUCCACAAGGUAGCUGAUGAGUAUCCACUAGGGAUACAAAUACAACAAAGCUCGCCUGCUUCCUUCCCGUCGAUUAGUAUACUUCAAUCUGUUGCCGGAACUGCACUCAUUUCUCUGAUCACGAAACGAGUACUCCAGGGUGAACUCCCAAACUACAACUUUACUCAAAUUCCGGCAGCUAUACGUCCCUCUGUGGCAACGUUCGUCGAAGAUGUCAACUUAUCUGCAGAGACCACGGACGAGAUCCGGCAAUAUGCUCAAGGCAGUGGAUUAUGGCAAGGCUUAUUGCACCUUCGAGGACUUCUAGCACAUGGCAUACUCUUAUAUGCUCUAAAGGACAAACGGUGGAGAGUUAAUUACGGUUUGGACUUGAAUCGAUCUCUCCUCGCUGUUCCGUAUCGUGCCAAAGAUGUUCCAGCCCAUAGAGCGGAAUUUGGGCACCCUGAUGUUGCAGUCGCCUUAACGUGCCUCAGCUAUUACUAUGGGGGCCUGUCUGAAAGUCAACUGGAUGUAUGUUUCGAACUCCUCUAUAAAUCCGAUAACCCGGCCUUGGAGUACGAGACUUGGAUUAACGGUUAUGACGACCAAUUGCCAGAAUCCCUUCGCCAGUUGGCUGGUGUCAAUCCAAAAUCUGUGGAGCAACGCCAGACUUAUUUCAGUCCAUUAUUCCGAUGUAGUCAGGCUGUCAUUGAUUUUUAUCUCGCUCGCGUCGUGUUUCCAAAGCAGGCCAAGGAGUUCCCCCACAAGCUAUUAACUUCUGGUUGGGACAUUGCAGAAAGGAAAGACCAUGUCACCACAGGUUUCAGUGGAACGAACGACAAUCGCUAUCUUCUUCCAACGUCGAUUUCACAAAAUGGCCUCCCUCAGCAGCUAUUAACGAAUGCAAAAGUACUCAACUAUCUGCUGCAAGAUGAAAACGAUCACUACACGUGUACAUCUGGAACAGAGGGAGCGCGUGCAUCCACAGAAGACUUUUUGAACCUUCUCGUAGCACAAAAUCCAGAAAUUCGGGUAUUGCUUGACGUUGGGGCGCAGAUGCUUGAAUUACGAAAUAAAGAGUUGGUGGCUCUCUGGCUUUUCCUGAAGAAGGACGCUCAGGCAGCAAUAUUCUUCGGCGAUAAUGAUGAAAUGCAGGUCCUAGAUCGUAAAGGGAACGUAGAAUCCUUCAUUUCCUCCCCGUUCAACCAGCAAAUAGAUCAGUGUUUGCUCUAUCUGGAUGAUGCACAUACCAGGGGCACAGACGUGAAGCUGCCUCAAGGUUCCCGAGCAGGAGUCACGUUAGGACCAAGAGUCACAAAGGACCGGCUUACACAAGGUUGCAUGCGUAUGCGACGAUUGGGGAACGGUCAUUCGGUCAUGUUCUUUGCUCCUUUGGAGGUUGACCAGAGCAUUCGAAAAGCCGCUAAACUAGCUGGCAAGAGUACCGAUGAAUCAAUCCAUGUGACAGAUGUAUUACGUUGGGUGAUGUUCGAGAGCUGCUCAGAUAUCCAGCAACGUGUGUCUCAAUGGGCAGAGCAAGGGCUAGACCAUCAAACUCGGGCGAAGUCGUGGGCUGAAUUUUCUUCAGGGAAUACGGAAGGGAAUACGGAUGAACUCGCAUCCUCGUGGCGUCAGCGAGAAUCCCGGACUCUUGAAGAGAUGUAUGGGCUUAAAAGCUCUGGGACUCAUCCAGCUCUUCAGGUCCCCGAACUUCGUGAAAGAUGCGAACAACUAGGGAUGUCAAUGCCUUCUGAAGCCAGAAUGGAUGAGGAACAAGAGAGAGAAGUAGCUCAAGAAGUCGAACGAGAGCAACAAAUCGAAAGACCUCCGAAAAUAGAGGCUGCGGAGCAUGAAAUGCACAGAGAUGUCCAGUAUUUCAUUCGGACUGGUCGCAUUGCUGUUGGCUCUAGCGCAUUCAAACAUGCCUUCUCUUCCUUGCGCCACACAGCCGCAGAGUUCACCGAACAUGAUGUUUGGUCACCGAAUCUGCUUGUAACAGAAGACUUCACCAAGACCGUGAAACUUCGGUCAUAUAGCCAAGCAAAUGAUUUUGUUCGCCCAUGCAACUGGAUCAUCUCCAGCCAACGACGGGAUUCGCUUGUGCUCGUCAUUACCAGUCCCUAUGAGAUUAAUAUGCUACUUCCCGAGAUACGAAAAAGCAACAAAGUCCGACUACACCUCUAUACCCCAAGAGUCACGAAGGCAAUGAGACCUACCGAUGAUUUAACUCUCUAUAUGAUUCCACCAACGUCCACGCCAUUCUUGCUACCUGUGCCCUCAAAAAUUCAACUAAACAUUCUGGCAGGCCAGCUGUAUCUGUCGAAUUACGACAUGUACCUAAAUCUCUGUCGUUUCCUAGGCAUUUAUACAAGUGACCUGGGUGACAACGUGGAAACGGACUUUGAUGGCUUUAUUGACCCAAGUCAUCGUCCUCAGGCUGUGGCUUCUGUAUCGCGCUUCAGGGAAAGCCCAAUACCGUCUCUCAAGGCGUUGAUCGGAUUACGUCGAAAAGGGUUGGGUUACCGAUCUACUCACCUAGGGAAAAUAUUGCAAGCGAGGGCCUUGACCGAUGAGGACUUUAGUAGUGGAAAGAGCUUGAAUUUGUGA